UUUUAAUGGAAUUAAAAAAAAAAAGAAUUUCCAUAAGUCUAAAAAAUGCCGAAAAGGGGGAAAUGACUAACGAAGUAGUUAGUAGUAUAUGAAGAAGGGAUCGAAUUGUCGAGAGAGAAUCAGAAGAAAUCUCGUCAAAAUCUGUUUUCAAGUUUUUAUACAGUCCAAAUCUCAAAUCCCUCUUUCGGAAAAUAUCAUUUUGAAAUUCGAAAAUUCUAGGGUUUUUCUCUGUUUUGUGAUCCAAUCUUGAAUUCGAAUGAGCUCUUUACCGUCAACGGCGAAUACCGACAACGGCCGCCACGAAAACGGCGAGACCAGCACCGGAAAUGGUCGAGAUCGAGAUCGAGAUCUGAUCUUACACUACCUUGACAGGGUUCGUCUCUCUGCAACGACGCGAGGUGAUUCGAAGGUAGAUGGUGAAGGUGAAGAAUUGCCCACGGAGCUGAACACGAUUAAUAGCGCAGGAGGGUUUCUGAUUGUCUCUCCCGAUAAACUUUCCGUCAAGUAUACGACGACGAAUCUUCACGGUCACGACGUUGGUGUUGUUCAGGCUAAUAGACCUGCUCCGUUCAAGUGUCUCACUUACUACUUCGAGAUUUUUGUUAAGGAUGCUGGCGUUAAAGGGCAAGUCGCUAUUGGUUUCACUAAAGAGAGCUUCAAAAUGCGGAGACAGCCCGGAUGGGAAGUGAACAGCUGUGGCUACCAUGGGGAUGAUGGAUAUCUAUAUCGAGGAAAGGGAACAGGCGAAGCCUUUGGUCCAACUUAUACAAAGGGUGAUACGGUCGGUGGUGGUAUAAACUACGCUUCACAGGAGUUCUUUUUCACUAAAAACGGAGCUCUUGUGGGGAAAAUCCCUAAGGACAUUAAGGGCCAUCUAUUUCCUACUGUAGCUGUACAUAGCCAAAAUGAAGAGGUUUCUGUCAAUUUUGGGAAGACGAAGUUUGCUUUUGAUGUCAAGGGAUUUGAAGCAUCUGAGAGGAAUAAGCAACAAAUGGCAAUCGAAAAAAUAUCUAUACCUCCAAACAUGGGUUAUGGGCUUGUAAAGACCUAUUUGCUACACUAUGGCUAUGAGGAGACACUCGACGCUUUCGACCUUGCUACUAAAACUACAGUUCCUCCAAUCCAUAUAGCUCAAGAGAAUGCUAUUGAUGAGGACGAUUCAUCAUAUGCUUUGAAUCAGAGAAAGACUCUUAGACAGCUUGUCAGGAACGGUGAGAUUGAUGGUGCUCUGGCUAAACUCCGGGAUUGGUAUCCCCAAAUUGUACAGGACGAUAAAUCAGUAGUUUGCUUCCUCCUUCACUGUCAAAAGUUUAUCGAAUUAGUACGGGUUGGAAAACUUGACGAAGGUGUGAAGUAUGGCAGACUCGAGUUAGCUAGAUUUGUUGGGUUAACCGGAUUUCAAGAUAUAGUCGAGGACUGCUUUGCUUUGCUUGUUUAUGAAAAGCCCGAGGAAUCAUCGGUGGGGUACUUCCUAGAAGACUCACAGAAGGAACUAGUGGCUGAUGCAGUGAACUCAGCGAUUCUAUCAACAAAUCCAAAUAUGAAAGAUGUUCAGAGAAGCUGUCACUUGCAUUCACAUCUGGAGAAACUUCUCAGACAACUAACCGUGUGCUGUUUGGAGAGGCGGUCACUGAACGGAAACCAAGGCGAAACAUUCCGGCUUCACCAUGUUCUUCUUAACAACAGUACAAGAAGAUGAAGUUCGGGUUAGCCGUGCAUUUUCUUUUGAAAAUUCUGUGGUUUGUUUGGUUGUUUCCAAUCAUAUAAGUGGCUUUUGUUCAUACCUGUGUGAUAUUAUGUUGAACUUUCCCAUUCUGUAAAAAAAAGGUUAAGAAUAUAACUUGCAUUUAUGUUUUUCCAAAGUUUAGAUGAUCCAAACUAAGUUUGUUCAUCAUUCAGGC